AUGGCGGAAAAGUGCGUCCACAAAGGAUGUGGGAAGACCUUCUCCGAUCCGGAGGAAGCCUGCGUGUACCAUCCGGGCCCUCCAGUGUUCCACGAAGGCCAGAAAGGCUGGAAAUGCUGCAAACCCCGCGUCUUGACUUUUGAGGAAUUCCUUGCGAUCCCACCAUGCACCACAGGCAAGCACUCAACUGUCGAUGACACGCCCGCUCCCGAGCCUCCCAAGGUCACCGAGGAACCUCCUGCUCCUGCUCCUGCCCCCGUCGAAGUGAAGCUGCCCGAGCGCCCCGCCAUCACCGCCAUUGCGCCGCCUACAACCCAAGCUGCCCCGCCAGCAGAGCCCGACUCGGAUGACCCGUCCUUGGAGAUUCCUGCCAACGCGACGUGCCGUCGGAGAGGCUGUGGCACUACAUACACCGGGUCCGCGGCGCGAGAUGACGAGAAAUGCGUGCACCACCCUGGCCAGCCGAUUUUCCACGAGGGCAGCAAAGGAUGGACCUGCUGCAAGCGCCGAGUACUUGAGUUCGACCAAUUCUUGAAGAUCCCCGGCUGCACAGAGAAAACAAGACACAUGUUUGUAGGCAAGCCCAAGCCUGAAGGCGAGGAGAAGGUGGAAACCGUUCGGAACGAUUUCUACCAGACCGCCACCUCCGUGAACGUUUCGCUCUACCUGAAGAAGAUCGACAAGGAGCGUGCCAGCGUUAAGCUCGCGGAGAACUCUAUCACCUUCGACCUCCCCACCUCCGAUAACAAGCGCUUCCAGGAUACCUACAACCUCUUUGCGCCAAUCGAUGCGGAGAAAUCGAGCUUCCGUGUGCUGGGCACUAAGCUGGAGCUGACACUGGUCAAGGCCGACGGUACCAGCUGGCCAGUAUUGCGCAGCGAUGACAAGUGGACUGGAGAGCGCAUUCAGAUUGGCAAUGCAGGACGGGCGUGA